AUGGACUUUGACUACCAAAAAAUUAAAGAUGAGGAAUCUUGUCAGAGGGAGGAACGACUUGGCCCCUACCUAAUCCAACAACCAAGACCCACUCCUCGAACCAGUACUGCACCAAAUACCCCACCAAGUAGCCGGAAACCACCAAUAAAACCCAGACGCAGUAUUAAAAAUCGAUCUGUCACUCCGUCAGAAAAAGUGCAGGACAGCCAGGACAAUCAGACAAGAACAGAGGAAGUGAAGCGAAUUGCUCCAUCUCAAGUGCUGAGCCCUGCAGGGCCCCUGGAUGCUCAGACUCCAUCUCUGCAGGCACAUAAUCUGCUGUGGUUUCAAAGAACACAGCUGCCUCGGCUGCCAAAACCCGUACCGUGCUGGCUCCAUGGCUUUGCUUCUCGCAGGGAGGCAGAGCAGCUUUUGCAGGAUAAGCCGCAGGGCUGCUUCCUGUUAAGGCUCAGCGAGUCAAAGGUUGGCUUCGUACUUUCCUACAGAGGUGCAGAUAAGUGCCGUCACUUCAUCAUAGAGGAGGAAACUGAUGUGCCUGGAACAGAAGGCCGGUAUCUGAUUGUUGGGGAAAAGAGCAGACAUUGGAGUCUUGAGGAUCUUCUUAAGUACUAUACCCAGAAUCCUGUGGGGCCCUUCAAUGAAAUUCUUACUGUGCCCUGUAUGCAGGCAAAUGGAAGCUGUGAGGACAGAACAAAGCUGGAGGUAACAGUAGAAAGAGGUGAUGAAAGUAAAGAAAAAAUAGCAUCUAUUCCACCUUCGAUCAUUGAAGAUGAUGCAACAGAAUCUACAGACCAAGUGGCCCAUACUGGCCCUGAGUCAGCACAGUAUGCAGUGGUAAAGAAGCCCCUAAGAAAGACUAAAUCUCUCAUAGAGUGCAUGAGUAUACCAAAGAUGGAACCUCCUCUUGAAGAAGAUACAGAUAACAGAUCUAAAUUUGAGAAUGGCACAGAAGAGCCAGCGGUCAGCAACGCAGAUCUACGUGUAGGAGGAGAUGUGGCCCAUCCAGUGGAUGCCCCAUAUGCCCGUGUAAACAAACCUCCCCGGGCAGCUACAGCUUCUUCCAUCAGUGAUAUGAAUGACGUUUCCUCCAUCCCUGAUGUUAAUGGUAGUGUACUUGGGGCAUCAGCAGCUGCUGAUUCUCAGUGGUCUUCCAGUGCUGCUGCUGAACAAAAGUACUGGCAACUGGAACCCAUGCAUACGUAUGAAGAGACUCUGCACACAUGCACUCGUGAUAACCGAAAUGAUUUUCAUGCUAUGGGAAGGCAGAAUGAAACAGCAGAGGAUUCAGGAAGUAUGUUCAAUCAUCACCUCUACUCAGAGGUCAACAUAAGAGGGACCAGAGAUGACUUCAUUCCAAUGUCGAUUUCCCCACCAGUCAGAGCAGGUGCAUGGAACUCUAACACUUCAUCCACAAGACCAAUUCCUAGACUGCCCCAAAGACCACCACCUAGAUUAGCAAGUGCUGCAAGACUUGAUGUUGGUGCACAAAGUUUUGGUGGUUCACCAAUGACGACGUUACCCCAGAACAUCAGCCUCAACCAGACAGAGCAGCUGCUUUCAGACAACUCUGCCUCUGCCAUAUAUGAGCAGAUUCCAGAGAGACGAAUUAAAUCCAGACCUCCUCUUCCACUUCCUAACGCCAAACACUGAGCCCUGACCAUCUCCUGUAAAGAAAUACUCCAGCGCUUUUAUUAUCCACAGCAUCUGUAGUGUUCGGGACAUGUCAUCGUAGUUAUUGGAAUGUUAAUUACUUUGCAACUAUUCUUUUUCUGUGACAUGACUGGAACACAAUGUACAUUAUAAAAAAAAUAAAAGAAUCAU